AUGAAGUUCAUCGUGACUUGCCUUGUCUCCUCCGUCAACUCGUCCCUCCUGGCCGAGAGCGAGGCGGUGACGAAGGAGAUAACAGUGGCCAACCCGAAGGCGACUGUGCAGAACCUCCGCGCCACUGUUGCCAUUCAGUUUCGACUCAACGUCAUGGCCUUUGGGUUUCGCUUCGAUCACCACGCGGGUGCGACCGAAGACGCCUCAGCGGCUCCAGGGUCAUCGCCGUCUUUGGCCUCCACAAUGGUGAACUUUGGUGACGAGAAGAGGCUGCUGACUGAGUGCGGGUUGCAGGAAGGCGAUAGCUUGACGGUAGUGCCGAAAAAUUACACCUUGUCGAGCGUGGCCGGUGCAGCAGCGGUGGAGACGGGUGGGGCAGCGCCGUUCGCAGGUCCGGCAACAAAACGUGCGCGUCUUGACGCGGAGGACCAAGUGGAGACCCCCAUCUUCAUUUCCGGCGAGGAGGACGAGAGAGACGAGGAGGAAAGCGCGCUAGAGGAGGAGGAGGACGAGGAUGACUCUGAGGAAGACGGCGAUACCAAGGGGCGGAAUGACUUGUUUGAUGCCCUACAGGAAGUCGUCCCCGACCUAACCGUUCUGCGGCAAGAAUUUCUGGCCAACCCGCAGGCCGUGAUGGAGCGGAUCGAGCGCAAUCACCCCUCCCUCUUCCAAGUGAUCGUGCAACACCAGGAGACCUUCAUCACCCUCAUGAACAAUGAGCAGCUCACCAAAGCAGCGGACCGCAUGCUUCACGGCGGCACCAUGGAUAGCGACGAGGACGAAGAGGAAGAGGGCUCGCUGGAAUGGUCCAUGGGGGAGGAGGAUCAGGAGAUGGAUGAGGAGACGGCGGAGCAGAUGCAGGAGCUGUUUCAGAACUACGUCGCCUCGGCAGCCCGCCGUGGCGACGGCGGCGACUUUGACGCAACCGACCUUGCUGAACUGGAGGCGAGCGGGAUGCAAGUAGAGGAAGUGGACGACAGUAACAGCGAUGCUAGUGGUGGCGGCGCACGCACCGACAGGGCAAAGUGGCGAUCCGAAAAGGACUUCAUCCUCUCGCGGGUUCCUUCCGAGGAGGAUGAAAAAAAGAUUCAAGCCAUGACGGAGCUGGGCUUUACCUACGAGCAGUGCAAGGUGGCCUUCUACAUGUGCCACCGCAGCAUCGACCGUGCAUCGAAUAUGCUCUUCGAGGCCCCGCCAGGGAUUUAA